CAGUACUAGUUUUUACCUACAAAGAAAGCCUUAGUGCAGUUCUUCAUAUUGCCAAUAGAGGCGCUGUGGAUGCUAUCAGAACGUUUUUUUUUCAGGGAUGCCAGUGAGUUUUUUUCUUGUUUAGCUACUUCCGGAUCUGGUUCGAAUGAGAUAUUCUGUACAUUUUAAAAGUUUUAACCGCAAAUAUUGUAUUUUAUAUCAAUUUAAACAAGAGCUAUUUGUCGCUGUCGUUGUAAGUCGAUGAUGAAACGGGACCGGUGCGGUCGGUUCCGUGCUCCGGUGCAGGAGACUCAGCUGGGACAGCAGGCUGUUGUGAGUAAACGAGGCGGCCGCCGUGGAAGACCGCGAUCUACCGCUGGGGAGAACCAGGCAGGGGCUAGGAACGAAGGGAGCCAAGGGAGACCAGAGGAGCAUCUGAAUGAGACCGGCAUUGAAAUACAGCACACAGAAGAAAGUCUCGCCCCUUCAGCUGUAGUAGGUGGUGCUGAAGGCGGAUCAGAGGAAUCGGGUAUAGGAAGGACUGUAACCACUACAUUCUGCCGGCUUUGCCAUGGGAAAUUUUCAUCCCGGAGCCUGCGAAGUGCCUUUGGGAAGAUCCCUGUGAUUGGACAGGGCCCCGAGAAGAAGCAGAAACAGCAGGUUUUCUUUACUGAUUUCCAGCGCCUGGUGGGUGUGCCGGUGAUGCAGGAUCCAGUCCUCUCCCAGUUCAUCUGCAAGAACUGCCACACCCAGUUCUAUAAAUGCUCCAGCAUCCUACAGACGUUUAUCCAGCGGGUUAACGUGUCACUAGCUGGGAGAGUGAGGUCAGGGUGCAAGGGAAAUUCAUUUUCUGUAAAUUCAGAUGCAGAGAAUUCAAGUUAUGAUGAUCUGAUUACAUCAAGUCCUCAGUGCUUGCGCAGCCUGGUAUCCUGGGCACACCAGCAUGCCGGGUCGUGCCAGUCCUCCCCCAGCCUGCAGGAGGUGAUGGCGUCAGAGUACUGCGGGGUGGUCCGGGCAGUCUGGGCCUGUGGAGACGGGCAUAACUAUGUCAUGGACACUGACUCUGAUCGCACCCCACAGGAGCUCCAUUCUGCAGAAGCAGUGAAACCGGAGGGUGGGGAGGGCUCAGGAAAGCCAGCUUCAGGGAACAGUUCUACAGAGCAUGGCAGGCAGACACAGCUGGCUACGACGGAGCCUUGCAGCUCGGAAUGCCAGCAGUCCAGUUACCCAUCGGCAACAACGCUGGUGACAAACGCAGGGACUCCACGAAACCAGAAUGCAUCGCACCACCAUAUAAAGAGUAAUAAAAAAGCACAGCAAUCACCUGUUGACAGCAUUGAAGGACAGUUAAGCAGUAAAGAGGUGCCCAGUUCAGUGCCACCAGGAGAGGCAUUGGAUGGGGAAGAGGAAGAUAGUGAUCUAUCCGACAGUUCUAACCUAAUUCUGUCAAGCGACGAUGAGGAAAAGACAAAAAAUGGAUCCUCGGAUGAGUUAUUUGAACCUUACCCAGAGAAGAUUAAAGUUUCAAAAAACAGUGAGAGUAAAGAGGCAAAAAAGAAGACGGAACCAAAAGUAAGGAAGAAACCAGGUCCGAAGCCAGGAUGGAAAAAUAAAAUUAAAACUGAAAGUUACAGAGAAGAGCUGCCUACAAUUCAUAAGUGUCCUUACCAGGGCUGCACUGCUGUUUAUAGAGGGGCUGAUGGAAUGAAGAAACACAUCAAAGAGCACCAUGAGGAAGUCCGUGAGAGGCCCUGUCCCCACCCAGGUUGUAACAAGGUGUUCAUGAUAGACCGAUACCUGCAGCGCCACGUGAAGCUCAUACACACAGAGGUGCGGAAUUACAUCUGUGAUGAAUGUGGACAAACAUUUAAACAGCGGAAACACCUCUCAGUUCAUCAAAUGCGGCAUUCUGGAGCGAAACCUCUGCAGUGUGAAGUCUGUGGUUUUCAGUGCCGGCAAAGGGCUUCUCUUAAAUACCACAUGACGAAGCACAAGGCAGAGGCAGAACUGGACUUCGCUUGCGACCAGUGUGGAAAACGAUUUGAAAAGGCCCACAACCUGAAUGUCCACAUGUCCAUGGUGCAUCCCUUGACCCAGAGUUUGGAUAAGAACAAAUUUUAUGGAAUUGUACAAUUUCUGCCACCUGGUGACCCACAGGGAAUGCCAGAAACUCUUACAGAACCAUUAAUCCACCAGGGACUACCAACUGAAACACAAGCCAGGAGAGAAGAUGGACUUUUGUAGAAGAUGCAGUAAUCAGAACUCGGGUACUGAUUUAUUUUAAGAUCAUACUAAGGACUGCAGUGUUAUCUACAGUCAAUUGCAGUCAAGCCAACAACCUAUAUACUAGCAUUCAGGUUUAAUACCACGAGAAGAGAAUUCAUCAGAAUUGUGUGAGAGUUACUUAGAUUCUUUGCCACUAUUUUAGGUGCAAACACACAAAUAAAAUAAUUUUUUAAAAAGGCUUAAAUAUUAGGAGUCAACAGUAAACUGGCCCAAAAGGAAUAUGGACUGCCUAACAUUUUAAAUUUUUUUUUUUUUUUUUUUUUUUACUGUAACAUUUUUAUAAGUUUCAAAAUGAAAUGUGUUUUUAUUCUAAUUUGUAUUUAUGGGCUGAUUUGCACCCGUUACCUGUAACCUGGAAUAAGGUUUCAGCUAACAUUUAUUACAGAAGUGAUUUAUUUCUGUAUUUUAGGUUAAAUGUAGCAUUACUGUACCUAGGCAAAAAAAUAUAUAUGAAAGAAGUGCCAUGUAAAAAUAAUUUAUUUUUUCUAUCUACACCCUUGAGCAAAUAUUACAAAAAUAUUUAUAUGCACUUGCUUACUGUGGUUGUAUGUCACAGACAUGCAGUAUCCUGUGAAUCACAACUGAAGACUUCCUUUAAAACCGAACAUUGGUUUUACAUACAGUAAUGCAGCUGUACCGUGGAGACACAAAUAGGGUUUGAUUCUCAAACUAUUCGUAAAUGACUUUCCUAACUGAAGUAUGAUAUGAUUAGGGCUUUAGAUUUCAUUUACCAUUAUAUACAAAUGGAGGUAUAGAAACGUCAUGUACUAAAGAUUGAAUUGUAAUGUUCGUCGGUUUCUUUAUCAUAGCAGAAAAUGCUACGGUCACUUUGCUAAAAUGUUAUCAGACCAGUUUUAUCCUGUACAACACCUGCUUGCACACAAUCUGUGUACAGAUUUUUUAAAAUAAAUAUACAUUAAAAAAUUAUGUUUUGCCAAGUGUAUGAAUUGAUGAGGCAUUUUAAAGGUUAUGUGAUCAUUCAGCAUGUACAAAAAGUUUCACUAGAAGAGUUUACAGGACAGCAUGUGAAUGCCUAUAUCAAGUCAGGUGUUCUAAAGGAAAAGAACAAUGUGAUGUUUGUGCCUGUAAAAGUAUACUUAAAAAGUACUUUAAAAAUUGCAGAUUACAUUUAAAUGAUAUCUUGAUAUUAGGCAGCAUAGUAUAUAUUAAACAUUAAAAUGGACCGUGUAUGAUUGUGCAUGCAUUUAAAAAGCAAUUUUUUUAUACAAUAAACAGGUAUGUAUACAAUGUAAAUAGAUCAUCUUGGUUUCUGUGUAUUCCAUAGUUUAGUAUGCAAGGCAACUUUUGUUGUUUAGGAAAAAGGUUUAGUUCCUUUUUAUAUUUUUAUUUUUGAAAAAUCACUACACAUUUUUACAAUUUUGUAAAAAAAAAAAUGGAAUGGAUAAU